AGAGAAUGCAUGCUUGCUUCACAUGCACUGUUCGUACAAAUACACUCACAGACGCACACACACGCACACACACGUUCUCUCCACAGUCAGACGCAAGCUGAGCUGAGCGAAGCAUAACAGAAGAAAAGAUCCCUAACUAAAGAAAAUCCUCUGCAUCUCCCAGGAGGCUGAGAGAAGAGGAAGAGUUCAGCCAUCUCUCUUUUUCCAUCUGCCUCUUUCCAACUCCUCCCUGAAUCCUUCCUGAGCCUGACAGUCAGAUAGGCAGAGAAAGAGUGGUGGGAAACAGGAAGACAACAAGAAAGAGAAAAAGAAGAGUAGAGAGUGGUAUGAGGCGGUGAUGAUGGCUUUGGACAUGGAGAGGACGGUGUCUAAGCUCAUGUUUGACUUCCAGAGGAACUCCACCUCCGACGAUGACUCCGGCUGCGCUUUGGAGGAAUACGCUUGGGUGCCACCGGGCCUCAAACCUGAACAGGUUCACCAGUAUUACAGUUUCCUACCUGAAGAUAAGGUCCCCUACGUGAACAGCAUCGGUGAGAAGCAUCGCAUUAAGCAGCUCCUAAACCAGCUUCCACCUCAUGACAACGAGGUGCGAUAUUGUAAUUCACUGGAUGAAGAAGAGAAGAGAGAACUGAUGAUCUUUAGCAACCAGAGAAAAAGAGACAACCUGGGCCGAGGCACCGUCCGCCCUCUCCCUCUCACCAUAAAUGGAGCUGUUUGUGAACAAUGUGGAGGCCAAAUAAAUGGAGGAGAUAUUGCCGUAUUUGCCUCACGUGUGGGUCAUGGAUUGUGCUGGCAUCCGCACUGCUUUGUGUGCUGCAUGUGUGCUGAGUUGCUGGUGGAUCUAAUCUAUUUCCAUCAGGAUGGAAAGAUCUACUGUGGCCGCCACCAUGCUGAGCGACUCAAACCACGCUGUUCGGCUUGUGAUGAGAUUAUCUUUGCAGAUGAGUGCACGGAGGCAGAAGGAAGGCACUGGCACAUGAGACAUUUCUGCUGUUAUGAAUGUGAAGCUCCACUAGGUGGCCAGCGAUAUAUCAUGCGUGAGGGACGGCCUCACUGCUGCAACUGUUUCGAGUCACUCUAUGCUGAGUACUGUGAUGCAUGUGGAAAACAUAUAGGCAUAGACCAAGGACAAAUGGCAUAUGAGGGUCAACACUGGCAUGCCACUGAAGAAUGUUUCUGCUGUGCUCGCUGUCAUCAGUCUCUGCUGGGCCGUCCAUUUCUGCCAAAGCAGGGGCUCAUCUACUGCUCUCGCCUCUGCAGUCAGGGAGAUGAGCCUGAUCUGUCAGACUCCUCUGAUUCAGCUUUUCAGAGUGCCCGUUCACGCCAGUCACGACGCAGUGCACGAAUUGGCAAGCAGGGAGCAAAAAAUAACAAGGCAGAAAGUGUCAGGCAGCCAUCAACUGGCUCAGCAUCUGCAACAGGUGAGCGGCUUUCAGCGGAGGCAGACUCUUUGGUGGUGCAAAUGGACCUGCUAAGUGUGUCCAGCCCGGCUACAAGUCGUACCCCAAACCGCACACCAACAAGAACCCCAAGUAGGACCCCAAGUCGUUCACCAAGCCUGAACCGCAAGCAGUCUGUCUGGAUGAGCAGGGAUGAGCCAUACUCCUAUGAGUCCAAUCAAAGAGAUCCUUCCCCUUCCCCAAAUCCCCAUCAGCUACGGAGCCAAUGCAGUAUCCGGAGUCCAUAUCCUCCUUCUCCUAGCCAACCGCCCAAAGUGGUGAGCCCUCCAGAGUCCUGGCACAAAGAGCAACCAGGCAGUAAUCCCAAGAAGCCACCUGUAAUGGCAGCCCUGAGAGGCCACUCUUUUAAUGAAAACUGGAUGCAUCAUGGGCAGGAAACCGAGUUCCAUCCACCCAAACUAAAGACACAGAUGAGUUUCAAUGAAGUAUCUAGUCAUGGUGCUGGGUUCCUGGACAAGCGCAGUGUCAGUGUGCAAGGAUUCCCGAGGGAGAUGAGGCCUCCACUUCUAAGGAGUAGACAUCACAUUGGCCCAAGCUUUGGUGAACUGACACCCCUUGAGCAGACACCACGGGGGUCUGCAGACUCACUGGCCCUUUCUUAUGCCACAGGAAACUCUUUGGAUGGGACUACAAGGCGCCAGGAGCACCUUUCUCGCUUCUCAAUGCCUGAUUUAAGCAAGGACUCCGGUGUAAAUGUGUCUGAGAAAAGUGCAAUGGGUACCUUAAACUCAUCCAUGCAGUUCCGCAGCACUGAAUCCCUGUCAUCAGUCCCUAGACCUCUUGCAGAUCUGGGAAUGCCAGUCAGACUGAGGUACCCACCCCAACUCUACUGGAAUUCCUCUAGAGGUCUCAGCUUUGAUGAGCCAGCCAAAGGUCGCAUGGGACUUGCAGGGAGCAUGGGAAACGUUCAUUCGGUGACACCACGACCACGACGAGCUAAUACGCAAGAUUCUCCACGACAACAACGGCCAAGGCAACAACACCAUCGCAAAAGUCAUAAAAGACACAAAGGCCACCAUCGAUCCCGCCGCUCACGUUCUGAUAAUGCUCUUCAUUUGGCUGCUGAAAACCAGGGCUACCCUAGUGACCCUGUUCAGAGAUUCCAUGAUGACUUUCAGCGGUUGCCCUCAAGGAUGUCUCGUGACCCUUUUGGGGGAAAUUAUGCAUGUAGGCAGCAGUUUUUCCGGCCUUGCCCUCGAACCACUUCUGACUUGACCUUGCAGGACCCUGGAGGUCCAAGACUAGGACAGUACCUGGGCAGGUAUGGAGAGCUUGCAGAAGGUGAUGAUCACUUUUGUUCCACCUGCUCCUCUUCAUCAGAAGCAUCCGAUGAUGAAGGCUACUUUAUGGGAGAACCUAUCCCACGUCCAGUGCAAGUGCGUUAUCUUGACAAUGAAGAAUUGAGGCAGCGUUAUAGUCCCACUAUGAUGAGUGGUCACUCCCAGCUACAUACGCGUAGACGCAGAAAGAGUAAGAAUUGCAUCAUCUCAUAAGAGAGAGUUUGUACCUGUGUGAGUGUGGGGUGUGUCUCUUUGUGUCUAGACUGUAACCUUAUUGAAGCAUGAUCAAAUUAUAAACAAGAAAAACAUAAUGAUGUCCUCUGGAACUUAUUUCCACUGUUUACUGUGACAGAAGACGGCACAAAGAAAUGCAUUAUCUCAUAACGCAGGUAGUGUCUGUCAGUCGCUAUGUCUGAGUAUGUAACUUUAUUCAAAUAACUUACUUAAUAGAUUGUAAUCUUACAUAAGCAUGAUCAAAUCAUAAUCAACAAAACUUGAUCAUGUCUUCUGGACAUUAUAUUCUCUGUUUACUGUGACACAAGAUGACUUCAUGUGUGAACAAUUUGAAUAUUACAUUAAACAUUGUAUAUUCAAGAACACUUAAGUUCACUUGUAGAAACGUGCAAUAAGGAUGUGCAAUGUACCGGUGGUUUGAUACAAAAUAGGAAUGAGGCUUGAUGUGCACCGAGGGAACUGCUUUGAGUCAAGAAUUGGUAUUGGUGGGUUACCAUGAUAACUGGCUUUCAUAACAAUUGUAUUCUAAUCUUGUUUAUUCAGAAAUGUCUUAAAUUUGUGUAACUGUAUGUGUAAGGAGUGCAGGAUUGCUAACUCAGUCAUGUGGCUUGAUCUGUCAAUACUGAUUAUGAAGUCUGAUAACGAAGACUGAGGGGACUUGGUUUUAAAUACAAAUCUAAUCUGCCCCAGCUUCAAGGUAAAAAUUUCUUUUUUCGCUCUUUGAAUCUGUCUCUCUAUCUUUUAUUGUCUAUUUGAGAGCCAGUUCAUCUGGACCCAUAUACUAGUUAUUGUUUCCAUUGUUCUAAUUGCUUGCACCCUGUUCUGUCAAUGACAUAUUAAAAUAACUUACCUUUGCUUUUGAGAAUAGCAAUGUUUGGUAUAGUCCUGUUUUAAAUGCAAUAUACUUUUUUCCAAAGUCCACAUUUUAAUAAUGUUAUCUUUAAAUUAUAUGUAUGUACAGUGAUUUUCAAAAGUAAUAUAAGUCAUGGCUGUAGUAUUGUAAAUGUUAUGUAAAUAUAGUCUUAAAUAUUUCUAUAUUUUGUAUCCUCAGAAGCAUUAUUUGUAUCAUAUUGUAGAGCGUUAACUGCAUGUAUCCCCAGUUCAUGUCUUGUAUCUGAAUUAAAUAAUAUUUCAAUUAUCAAUAAACUUAGGUAUUUAUUUCUUUCCAUAUGGAUGUUUCAUGAUCAGGUUUCCGAUGUUUUGAUGGAUUGAUACAGAUGUGAUGGAAUAUUAUAUAAGUGCUCUGAAAAUGAAUUAAAGUAAAAGGCUUUUCAAUAUAAAAGUUUAUUGAAACAUAAUACAUGAAUCAUAUUAUAUUUAUUCAUUUUUACCAACAGCGUGGUUGAAUUCUCAGAUCUAAUUGGUCAGUAAGUGUUUGCUAAUUUUGCAGCACUGCUGAAACAGUAGCUCGGUAGUAGCUGUAGGAAUAAUAAGUUUCUAGUACUAUGAUAAUAAUUUUCAAAUAGCUUUGGAUUUUUUAUUUUUUUUGCAUAGAACAGCAGUUAAGGACAACUUG